GUACACUCGUGCCAAACACAGCCUUGCAAGAUCACUCAAUUUCAAAUAAUCUCUUUCCCGCUUACGACAUUUCCCUUUUCUCUCCGUUCCUCUGCCUUUCAACCAACCGCCGCAAGUCCAUUCUGCCCACGGCGAGGUGUGAGUUAUAGUGGAUCUUGGCCCUGCAAUUCUACAAAUUAAUACUGCCAGGAUCAGGAACUCGUAUCAAGAAGUAAAAGAAAUGGACAGAGUUUAUGAUGAGCUAGAUGAAGUUAAAAUUGAGGUGGAAAAACUCAGAGAAGAAUGCCGGGCCAAAACUGAGUUGUCUGAAAGUAUGAGGAAAGCCCAAGUUGAGCAACUAGCCAAAAUUCAGCAGGCAAAGUUGGAGAUUGAUAGGUUGGCCCAGGAACUGACUGCCAAGUCUGAGGAGAUAUGUGAGAUGAGGCAAAUGUAUGAGGAACUUCAGUCCAGUUUGCACAGAAAGGACUUGUUUCUCCAGCAGAUCAAUUCUGCAAAUGAAAAACAUCGAGCUGAAAAUGGCGAGAAAAUUCUGAAAUUGGAGGGUGAAAACAGAGAUCUGGCAUUGGCUUUAGAUGAAGCAUCAGCAAGAAUCCAGGAUCUGGAGAAGAAGGCUAGUUCAAAUUCUGAGGAACUUGCUGGUCUUAAGAGGCUUUUAUUGAUUAAACCAGAGAAGAGCUUUGAAAUGCAGAAGAAUGAACUGAAAGAUCUGAAAGAGAGAGAUCAAUACAUACUCAAACUGGAGGAGCAAAGUAGGAUAACUCAAGAUCAGUUGAAAUGGAAAAACGAGCAGUUUUCACACCUUGAAGAAGCACAUCAAAAGCUUUGGACUCAGUUCCAUACGAGUAAGGUGGAGUGGCAGAAGGAGAAAUUCUCACUUGUUGAUGAAAUUUCUUCUUUGCAAGCUACUUUGGAUGCUCAGGUUCGAGUUUCAGAAAGCCUGGAGGCCCAGUUAAGGAUGAGUAAUCAAGCCUUAGCUCAAGAAGAGAGCAGAAGGAAAGUUCUUGAAGUUCAGCUGUCUGAAUCUAGAUCACAAUUUGAGAAUGUCUUCCUACAGUGUCAAGCUGCCAAAACGGAGAUUGAUCAGUUAACCAUGAAGAGGGAUGAAGAGAUUGCGGAGCUACGGACCUUAUUGAGGAAAAAUGAGAUGCUUGCCAAUGAAAUGAAACACAGAACUGCACAACUAGAGCGGGAAAACAGUGACUUGCUAGAGUCCCUGAAAAAUAAUCAAGAGGCUCAGCUUAAUAAUAAUGCCACAUCGUCUUCAUUGAAACAGUUGCAAAACAAACUUCAAGGUUUGGAGAAGGUGCACAAUAAAUGUGCUAUAAACCUCAGAGAUAAGACUUCUCAUAUAGACAAAUUGAAUGGAGAUCUAGACUGUUGCUUAUCUGAGUUGGAUGAGAAAAACAAAAGCAUGAGAGAACUCCAUAAGGAGCUGGAAGAUUGCCGGUGCCUACUGGAGGUGAAGAACGAAGAAAUUUUUGCUUUAAUCGUGGUGUUGAAAUCUGAGUUUUAUGUUGCUUACUCAAAGCUGUAUGAUGCCAAAGAGAAGUUGGAGAUGGGCAUUGAGCAAAUUGAAGAGAAAAACAUGCUUCUAAAUCAGCAGUUGCAAUCAAAGAAUAUGGAACUACUUAAGCUCCAUGCUGAAUUGAAGCACAGAAGUGAUGACAGCGCAGUUUUAAUGGAGAGGGUCCAGUCUUUAGAUUCCUUAAAGCAGAAAGAUAAUCUCAUGGAAGAAGAACUUAGGAGGUAUAAAGCAAUGCUUGAUGAAUCAAAUGAAUGUCAGCAUCGCUUGAAACAACAACUUCUCCAGUUGAAAACUACACAGAGAGAGAACAUAAAAAAUGCUCUAGAUUCAGUAACUUUGGAGCUGGUGAACAGAACUUCCGAAGCUGAGGAAUACAAGUGCGAACUGGAGAAGUGGAAAUCUGAGGCUGAAAUGCUGAAGUUAAAUUUGGAAGCAUAUCAGCAAGCACAUGCACAAGAGAAAACCAACCUUCUUGUCAUUGCGAAAGAUAAAAAUGCCAAAAUUGGUGAACUGCAAGAACAGAUUUCUGCGCUAGAAUCUGUAAUCUCAGAAAAAUCAGAGACAACGGACAUGCUCCAUCAAGAGAAGGAUAAUUAUAUGCGACUUGCUGAAGACAGGAGCUGUAGCAUCCAAAGUUUUCAGAAUGAGAUUGCUCAACUAAAGAAAGAGCUGGCUGAAAGAGAAGCUGGAAAUAGUGCUGUAUUAGAUGCACAUAACACCCUUGAGCAGGAAUAUGAGAGUUUAUCAUUCGAUACAAAAGAGAAAGAUCAGAAAAUACACAAACUUCAGAAGGAGCUGGAAUCAUUGGAUCAAGGCUUAAAGAAGUCCGAGGGUCAGAAAAUCUUAGAGAUUGAAGAGAAAAACCAGAUAAUUGCCAACUUGGAGAAAGAACUGAAUAGUUUGCAGAAGGAAGUGGAAUUUCAAGGAAAAUCUUUGACUGAGUCAAAGCACGUAGCUUUGCAGCUUGAAGCUUCACUGCAAACACAGAAAUCAGAGAUGCAAGAGGUCCAAAGUCAACUUGGGAAGGAAAGCAGGUACUUUGAGGGUCUCCUUAAGGAGCUUCAGUCCCAUAAACAAGCUUUGCUUGAAGACCUUAAGAAAGCAUCCAUUGACCGAGAGGCUUUGCUUGCACAACUUGAGGGUCUAUGUGGACAAAUUGGAGUUUUCUGCGGAGAAGAUGUUGCAUUGAUGGGCAUGUUGGGGAAAAUGUCGCACCUUUCUGAGGAAGUCGGUGAACCAACAAGAAAUCUGUUGUCAAGUGGAAUGGGUGAUGCUAUCUUUUCAGCCUCAAGAAAAUCAAUUCAAGAGGCUAGUGAUGAAAGAACUCCACUGACUGAGCUGAACUGUUAGCUGUUGUCUUAGUGAGGUAAAUGUAUGCAUAAACGCAUGUACUGAUGUUACAAAUGUAAGCUGAAUGAUUGUAUUCAACUCGAAGGAUCAAACUACAAGAUAACAUUAAUGAGAUUCAUGACUACUUUGAGAAAGAUCCAAUUACAUGUGUCUCUUUAUCAUCACCUUAAGCUAUCAUAGUUUCUGCAAUCUGGUUCUUUUCAGUCUCACCUACAUAAUCUUUUUGUACCAAUAAUAAAUAAUGGUUUCUUCUUGAUGAACAACCACCAGAGCAGUCCGUAAUAGCACCAAAUUGGUCAUGUGUGCAUCAAAAUAUGAUGCUAAAUCUGCAUUAAGGCUCACAAUUGUUUCAUAUGCUAAAUCAAUUGGUGUCAUCAACCAGGCUGGCAAGAGCCCUUUCUUGCAGCUAAGUGUACCUGGAUCUCUGCUUUGACCACUCCUUUUGUCACAGGCUUCUCCAAAGGGAAUGUUGGGAUCACCAUCAAAUUGAAGAUAUUGUUUAUACACUUGGCCAGAACCAACUUGAGCUUUGGGGGAAAUUAUGGUAUAUGACCUUUUUAGUCCUUAUCCACUGAUCACCAUGGUUUUGAUGAUCAUUUACGAAUGCUCACAAAGACCUAGUCCACAGUUUCACUAGAAUUUCCCUCAAAGUUAAGUGGAUGAGACAAGUGCGUAAAUUCACCCAAUUGAUCAGGUUGAUUUUCAAUCAUACUACUGUAAAAGUUCCUAAUUUAAUCACAAUAGAAUAACCUUUUACUGAUUCUGAUUUAUCACAUAUCUCUCGGCAUCUUUGGAAUACAACAUAAAGAAGCCAAUAUACAACCAAUUCAAUAAUCCGCCAGCCAAUAUAUCAAUGUCCAUAUGUUUAUCCAAUGAG